UUAAACCCUAAAACUUUCUGCCUCUUAUAAACACCACCAGUCUUUCAGUCUCUCACAACAACUGCGCCUAUUUUCUCAUAAACCCUAAUAACACAGCCGCUCACUCUCUCUAAUCUCCGCAGAGAUGGCACCUCCUCGAGGCCGUGGUGGUUCUGGUGGGUUCAGAGGUGGAAGGGAUGGAGGGAGAGGAGGCCGAAGUGGGGGCCGUGGUUUCGGCGACAGAGGUAGUGGGUUUAAGCCCAGUGGAGGCCGAGGUGGUGACCGAGGCAGGGGCCGUGGCCGCGGCGACCGUGGAAGAGGAGGCCGCGGCGGUCGAGGAGGAAUGAAGGGAGGGACCAAGGUUGUUGUUGAGCCUCAUCGACACGCCGGGGUGUUCCUCGCUAAGGGUAAGGAGGAUGCUCUUGUGACCAGGAACAUGGUCCCCGGAGAAGCUGUCUACAAUGAGAAGAGGAUCACUGUUCAGAAUGAGGAUGGAUCUAAAGUUGAGUAUAGAGUUUGGAACCCUUUCCGUUCCAAGUUGGCAGCUGCUAUUCUUGGUGGUGUCGAUGACAUAUGGAUUGUACCCGGUGCCCGGGUUCUCUACCUUGGGGCAGCUUCUGGUACCACAGUCUCUCACGUCUCGGACCUUGUUGGCCCUACUGGAGUUGUGUAUGCGGUGGAGUUUUCUCAUAGAAGUGGCAGAGACUUGGUAAACAUGGCCAAGAAGAGAACCAAUGUCAUACCAAUUAUUGAAGAUGCUAGGCAUCCAGCAAAAUACCGUAUGCUUGUGGGCAUGGUUGAUGUCAUAUUUUCUGAUGUUGCACAACCUGAUCAGGCUAGGAUUCUAGCUUUGAAUGCAUCAUAUUUUCUAAAAACUGGAGGGCACUUUGUCAUCUCUAUCAAGGCUAAUUGUAUCGACUCCACUGUUCCUGCUGAGGCAGUGUUCUCUUCUGAGGUGAAGAAGCUGCAGGCAGAACAGUUUAAGCCUAUUGAACAAGUGACUCUUGAACCUUUUGAGCGUGAUCAUGCUUGUGUUAUUGGUACUUACCGUGUGCCGAAGAAAUCAAAGUCCACCGCCUAGAAGAUUUGUAAUUCAAGAAGCUAUAGCUUAGUUUGCUUGUGAGAAAAGGAUAAAUGUAAACCUGACAGUGCUUUUCCUUUUCAUUCCUAUGACUUUUGUUCCAUGUAGCUCUGAACAUCUUAGUGAUCUUUUUAUAUUGAUAUUUACGUUUUCUCCUCCUA